UUCAGUUGAGAUUGAAACGUUAAAACGUUAAGUAGUGCUUCAUCGGCGCGGAAAAUAAAAAAAUAUAUAUAUUGAUGUGAUUUUUUUUUUUCAAUAUUUACAAAACAAUUUAAUUAAGGUGCCUUUUUUUGUUUAUAAAUCAUUAUUAUUACAUUAAUAAAUAUUUACCAAAUAUAAAACAAAAACAAACUCAGUAAUAGAAAAAGAAAAACACACAAAACAUGUCUUACACUGCCACCAUGGAUAUAGAGAAAAGCAUUAGUUCGGAAAAUUCCAACGCAAAUAUGAUGACAGUAGAAAUACCUGUCAUUAACCCAUCUGCUAUACAAAUCGAAACAACUACGAUUUCUACGACACAAACACCACCCCCAACAUCUGCUGAUACGGUUGAUUUUAAAACGAAAUCAUCUUCGACACCUUUAGCCCAAAUGGACACCGUGGAGCCACAAACACAAACGCAACAACAAAUGCAAUCAUCAUCUACGACCACCACAACCAUGACCAGUACUAAAGAUAAAAUGGAUACGGAUCCAGCAUUGGCCAAUUUCAGAGUAUUGUAUGUUUUAACCCAAUUAUGUGGUUUAACAAUGAUCGUUUUAAUGGGCAGUUGGAUUGGUGUUCAUAUGGGUGGUUUGGGUGGUACCGAUAAUCCAAGAUUAGAAUUUAAUUGGCAUCCUCUACUUAUGACAAUCGGUUUAAUAUUCUUAUAUGGCAAUGGUAAGUUUUCAUUUUACUACAUAUUGCAUCAAUUACCUUAUCAUAGAAACAUAAUUACAUAGUAAGCACCUAAAUAC